AUGCCUGAGCCCCAGUGUGAAGGGUUGUUCAGUGAGACAAGUGCCUUCAAUCGCAUUACACCAGUGACCCCUAAAAAGAGAGACAAUGUGGAAGAUACACCACCAGUGACCCCUAAAAAGAGAGGCAAUGUGGAAGAGGCUGAUCUGGGAGAGCAGAGCAAUAUGGCAGAACUGCUGGAGGACCUGGGCAACACUGUCUCAGAGCUUGUCUCCACCCUUAAAAUGGUUCAACAGAACAAAGACACUGAGGUGGAGGAGUUGCGCAGAGCUAUAUGUAGUCUGCAGGGGGAGCAGCAGGCCAUGACAAGCAAGCACAUGGCUGAGGUGUGGGAGCUUAAGGAUCAGCUUGGCCAUAUGAACAGCCAGGCCGAGAAGGGUAACAUGGCGUUGCAACAAAAAAAUCAGGAUGAGAAGAUGCUGACUAAGUUGUUCACAGAAGUAAAUGAGGCAGGGGAGCUUCUCAAUAAUUAUAAGACUGACAAUAAUGAGUUGCGCAAAGAGGUGGUAGCACUUCGUACCUCUCUCCAACAGUCCAUGGUGGAAUCUCAGGUCCUGAGGGACGAACUAAGGAAAGUUAGUAGCCUAUCAGCCAACUCAGAGCAGUUCAUGGACGAAAAGAUCUUUCUACUCAAAGAGAUGGAGAGACUUAAGGGGAGCCUGAAGAACAUGGAACAGGCCAGGGCUAAGCUCCUGGACAGAGCAAAGAGACACCAAAUGAUCCACCAAAGCAACCAGCAGAAAAUGGAAGAUGAGCUCCGUACGCUGGACAACAUGAUUGACACAGUCAGAAAGACCCUGUCAUCCGUACCACAAGUGGUGAAGAACUGUGAUCAGCUCAAAUGGCUUGUUGAAUACAUUGGCUGAUGUGCUUGGUAUUGAUGUCUAUUUUGUUAUAUUUGUAAGUUUGUGCUUUUCUUGGCUUGAAGUUUUUCUUUUAUAAAUUUUACUAUGACGAAAA